CUGGCAUCCGGCGACGUCAGUGGCGGCGCGCAGUUGGUUGGGUGAACCGCAGAGCCCAGGGCCAAGCGUGGGGGCCGGGGGCCGUUUUGGAUCGCGAUGCCGUAUGCCAACCAGCCCACGGUGCGGAUCACCGAGCUCACGGACGAGAACGUCAAGUUCAUCAUCGAGAAUACGGACCUGGCAGUGGCCAAUUCCAUCCGCAGAGUCUUCAUCGCAGAGGUGCCCAUUAUAGCCAUAGAUUGGGUCCAAAUUGAUGCCAACUCAUCAGUGCUGCAUGAUGAGUUCAUUGCGCACAGACUUGGAUUAAUCCCUCUUACAAGUGAUGACAUUGUAGACAAGCUGCAAUACUCCAGGGACUGUGCAUGUGAAGAGUUUUGUCCUGAGUGCUCAGUAGAGUUUACACUUGAUGUGCGUUGCAAUGAGGAUCAGACUCGCCAUGUCACAUCUCGGGAUCUCAUUUCUAAUACUCCCCGAGUUAUUCCGGUGACAUCCCGGAGUAGAGACAAUGACCCCAAUGACUAUGUGGAACAGGAUGACAUCCUCAUUGUCAAACUCCGGAAAGGCCAGGAACUGAGACUACGAGCCUAUGCUAAAAAGGGCUUUGGCAAGGAGCAUGCCAAGUGGAACCCUACAGCUGGAGUGGCCUUUGAGUAUGACCCAGAUAAUGCCUUGAGGCAUACAGUUUACCCAAAGCCUGAAGAAUGGCCAAAGAGUGAAUAUUCUGAGAUUGACGAGGAUGAAGCUCAGGCUCCCUAUGACCCCAAUGGCAAACCAGAGAGAUUCUACUACAAUGUGGAGUCCUGUGGCUCUCUUCGCCCAGAAACCAUUGUCCUUUCUGCUCUGUCUGGUUUGAAGAAGAAGUUGAGUGACCUUCAGACCCAGCUAACCCAUGAGAUCCAGAGUGAUGUUCUGACUAUAAACUAGCAGCAGUCAUUUCUACCAGAAAUGGGACUCAAGGAAAAUGGAUGCACUUCUAGCCUGAGCUUCUGCUUGCCACUGUAGAGUGGACUAAAAUUUAGUUGGUUCAAAGUCCUGGCUAGCACAUUGCAGCUUUUAAACCCGUUGCCAGGUUAGGAUGUAAUUAGCUUAGGAAGAUAACAUGGGAAGUAGAGAUGGGAGGCUUCACUCCCCACAGGGUCUCAUCCUGGUCUCCUUGGGUUGGUCUCUUCCUUUAGUAUGAACCGAAAAUAAAAAGCCUUAUCCCCCUGGGCAUCAACAAACAUUUUGGAGGAUGAGGUGAGUAGGUCCAUCCUUUAUUAAAUCCUUGUCGUAAACAACCUUAAGGCUAUACUGAGCCUUAAGUACAUCUCUACUGUUGCACCUUUGUUAGCAGCAGCAGGGAAAAUUCUCUGCCCCAGAUUGUAGGCCCAAUCUUUCAGUGAGUUACUUAUUCUCUGGUAGUGCUUCACCUGGCUGGGUUUGAGCCUUUAUUGAGUACAGUGUUUUCUCCUAGGUUUGUUUUGAAGUGUUCUGUUAAUUUCUUACCAGUCCCCAGCUUAGGCCCACUGCCUUCUCAACCCUAAACUCCUCUACCUGUAGCUUGAUCACUUAGUUGAGAAGAGAAAGCAAGCAUCCUUCAGUGUUUUCUUGAUGAGAGUGGGUUAGCCCUGACUCCAUACCACUGGCUCCAAAGGAAAGUACAUCAGGGGAUAGUUGGGUGACAAAUCAGAAAAGCAAAUCAGAUAGUAAGGGUCCUUUAUUGAUGAGCAGGUUUUUAAAAAAAAUCAUUUUUGGCAAUAAACAGCACAUAAUUUU